GGAGCCGAGUCCCACUGGGCCGCAGCCGGGUGCUCAGCGCUAGCCCUGGGUCUGCUCUGCGCCCGGCCCCCUGCUCGGUCCCGCCUCGGGCUCCCACCGGACGGGACAGAGCCACAGAGGCUGCAGGAUGUCGCAGACGGCCAUGUCCGAGACCUACGAUUUCUUGUUUAAAUUCUUGGUUAUCGGAAAUGCAGGAACUGGCAAAUCUUGCUUACUUCAUCAGUUUAUUGAAAAAAAAUUCAAAGAUGAUUCAAAUCAUACAAUAGGAGUGGAAUUUGGUUCAAAGAUAAUAAAUGUUGGCGGUAAAUAUGUAAAGUUACAGAUAUGGGACACAGCAGGACAAGAACGAUUCAGGUCUGUGACAAGAAGCUACUACAGAGGGGCAGCUGGGGCCCUCCUUGUCUAUGACAUCACCAGCCGAGAAACCUACAAUGCGCUUACUAAUUGGUUAACAGAUGCCAGAAUGCUGGCCAGCCAGAGCAUCGUCAUCAUCCUCUGCGGGAACAAGAAGGACCUGGACGCUGACCGGGAAGUCACCUUCCUUGAGGCCUCCAGGUUUGCACAAGAGAACGAGCUGAUGUUCUUGGAGACAAGUGCGCUAACAGGGGAGAAUGUAGAAGAGGCCUUUGUGCAGUGUGCAAGAAAAAUACUUAACAAAAUCGAAUCAGGUGUCUACAAUGGAAUUUGGACACCAGAGCUGGAACUCAAAGAAUCUGAAGUUUUUUUUUACCACCAUCUUUUUCUACUCUAUGCAGAAGUAGAUCUUUGUGGAGAAAAGAUAGUGUGGGUGUUAUGCAAGCUGGUUAGACAUCCCCAGCAGCCACAUAAUGAAUCUGACCCAGUGGACAAUACCAUCAGAUGUACACACAUGUGUAAAAACCUCCUGUUCCACUCUUUCCCUUUCACCUUCAGCUUGAACCAUGACCUUGUACUGUGUAUACCCCCGUACUUUUCCACCGCAUGUAUCUGGUGUAUGGUAUGAUAGAAUGUUGCGAUGCAGUUUAAUAUUUUUUUUAAUCAUAGACACUGAAAAUCGUUAUAAUGAGGUGUGCUUGCUCAUCAUAUUGGUUAUAUUUAUGACCUGAUAUUCAAUGACUCUGGCAUUAAUAGCCAGUGUGUUACUUAUUUAAUUCUGCUUUCCACAUUCUGCACUGUGUUUAUGUGAUCCACACUUGAAAUACCAGUGAUCAUUCACUAACAUCCUGAAAUAAAGUGAAAGGCGGAGUUUCCCAUGAACUGUAUGCUGUCUGUUCUUGGUUGACUUUAGGCUUCUGCCCAGGUCAGCUCAAGUUUCUCACCUGUUGUCCUGGGCUGUUGUGGGCCACAUGGCUGGCACUGGGAUUCUUGUGCCUUUGACCCAUCCUGCUAGGCACACGUCCCCCCCAGCACUGACGUAACAUGGUGGGCACAGACACCCCGGCAGCUUCUCUGCUCUAGCUGCUGAUCUGUUUGGUCUCCCCACUAGAAAGCACUUGGUCUGCUACUGUACUUUUUCUGGAAUUCAGUACAAGGGCAUCACUGCCUCUGUUUCAAAUCGUCCAUUGUGUUGUGUUCAUUUCAAGGAGACCCACUAACUCCAGUGCAUAUUAAAAGGAUACCACUUACUGAGA